GUGAAUCUAUUGGGAUCGGGAUUGACUGAGUUUAGUGAUUUCUCUCUACUCUUAACUACUGUACUUAGCUUCUCUUUUCCCAGGGCAAGCUAAGCAGACUAGCAGAGAGUGUGUUUGUUUGUGUGUGUGUGUGUGUGUGUGUAAGGAGAAAGCAUGAGUGGAGAAGAGGCGGCGGGGCCCCCAGGCCCAAAGGCCCUACGUCUGCUGUAUUUCGUUGGCGCUGGAUUCAUAUGCACGGCUGCAAUCAACAAGUGGCGAGAGCUGGAGCGAAAGGCAGUCCUAAAGAAAGAGCAGCAAUUAUCUCCAACUCCAAAUUCUCCUGAUACGGUACAAAAAGCCGUCGAUUAAUCAUCCCAACUCUUGUCUUUUUCUUUUUUUUUUUGGGUUGUGGUUUCGGGAUCUAAUAAUAGUACACAAUUUCAAUUUGUCUUUUCACCGUUGUAUUCUGAUUAUAACAUAUGAUUAUGACGAUGAACUGAGAGACUCUUCUCAUGGAUUUGAAUA